AUGGCUGACUCCGCCGAAGCCAUUUUCACCAACCCGGUGAUCCAAGGGUUCAACCCGGAUCCGACCGUCUGCGUUGUCCCCGCCACACAAACGAAGCCUGCGCAGUACUUUCUGUCAACAUCUACGUUCGAAUAUUUCCCUGGAGCGGCCAUCUAUCAUUCCGAGGAUUUGAUCAAUUGGGAUUUGAUCGGUCAUGCACUCAAUCGCCGGAGCCAGAUAGAUAUGCGCACGGUCGAGCCUGGGGCUGGGUCAUGGGCAAGCACCCUGCGAUAUCGAGCCAGCGAGAAGAGAUGGUAUCUUACGAACGGCGUGUUCCAAAGGUAUCGCCCGGUGGUGGAUGAGAGGAUAUUCCCGCGAGGGUUCUACAUCUACACUGACAACAUCUGGGACGACUCCGCCUGGUCAGAGCCUGUCUACUUUGAUAAUCCCGGAUUCGACCAAGACUUAUUCUGGGACGAUGACGGCAAGGUCUAUCUUUCGACCACUGUUCGGAUGAAGGAGAGAACCCCUGGGCUGAAGCUGAAAGACUUUGCUAUCCACAUCUCCGAGAUUGAUCUUCCUAGUGGUCGAACGCUUACGCCCCCCGAGUUGAUCCGAUCGACGCCUUUGGGUGUCUCGGAAGGCUCUCAUAUAAUUAAGAAGGGAAAAUACUACUACUUGUUCACUGCGGAAGGCGGAACAGAAGCAGGACACCAGGAGUGGGCUUUUCGCGGUACUGAGGGGCCAUAUGGACCCUGGGAGGGACAGGGGAAGGCCCUAUGGUACAAUGGCCCAGACGAGGAGGUGCAGCGAACUGGCCAUUGCGAUAUUUUCGAGGAUGGGGAUGGAGACUGGUGGGCGGUAAUGCUGGGAGUGCGGCCCGUCAAGAAUCAAGACAACAAGUGGCUGGAGCCACCUAUGGGUCGUGAGACUUUCUUGGUGAAGGUGGACUGGAAGGAUGAUUGGCCAGUUUUCAAUGACGGCCAGAAUGUCACACUUCGGACAUCUGGACGUAAACCAAUCGAGCAGUUAUCCAGCGUCGAAUUUGGUGGUGGGGUGAAAUGGAAGGCAAAUCUCGAUAAGUCAGAACUUGAGCUUGGAUGGUAUCACAAAAAUACUCCGAUCAAAACCUGCUAUACAUUAACCGAAGAGCCGGGUGUCCUCAGGAUAUACGGCAACUGCUACAGCCUUACUUCUCCUGAGUCACCCGCCCUGCUACUUCGAAAACAAUCUUCCUACAACGAGAAAUUUAUCACUUUAAUGAAUUUCCGUCCCACUAGGGUGGGCUAUGAAUCCGGGGUUGUGCUUUGGUGGAAUCAAUACUCCUUUGCAUCAAUUGGUGUCACUGCAAUCAAGGAUUCAGACAGCGUCGGCUAUAAGCAAACCGUUGUCCUUCGUAAGCCGACAGGAACCAAUGGAGAGUUUAAGGUUACCUACCCAUUCUUGGAUGCUGGGAAGGACUUUGACUCUUCUUUACCAGUAAAGCUAUCGAUCCAAUCGAAGCCAACAGACUACACAUUGAGCCUGCAGUCAGCGAACUCCGUAAUAAACACCACAGUUGCAUCAGAGACGUUGACUAUUUUCCCUCCUGUUGGAGGCGCAUUCUGUGGAGCCAUGUACGGGAUAUAUUCUUUUGGCUCUAGCGAACCAGUUCUGGACCCUUCAGACUUUCGGGCAAUACUAAUUACGGAUGAGUCCUGA